AUGCGCUUCGGCGUCUGUGCCCUGCUCGGCGCGCUUGUCGCGUGCGUCGCGGGAGAGACGUUCAACGAGACGCUCGACCUGCGCACGCUGCCGGGAGGGCGCGUGCAUGCUGCCUUCUCGUUUGCGCUGCACUCGGACGACGCAUCGCUGCACCAUUUCCGGCUCCUGCCCCGGGGCCUGCUGCAGCCCGUCGCGUCGCUCGACGUCGACGCGUUCCAGCUCUCGCUCACAGCUGGACGCUGGCAGUACGGCGCAUGGGGUGCACAGGCGGGCAGCCAGUCGGCCGCAAGCGGCGCCGAGGUCUGGGCAAGCUUCGGCAAGGAGCACAGCAUGCCACUCGCAACGCGCUGGCGGCGCCUCACCUCGGCGCUCGCAGGGACGUUUUGCGCGUCGCUCGACGCGAUUGACGAGGCGACCUCGGUCGAGGUACCAGCAAUGUACGCGUGGAGCGACGCGCCGGCAAACGCGUCGAUGCUUCACGCCUAUUUGCCGAGCGAGUCGGUGUGCACGGAAAAUAUCACGCCGCUCCUUAAGCUCCUCCCGUGCAAGGGCGGCGCGGGCCUCGCGAGCCUCGUACAGCCCCAUACGAUUCUCAAGUCAGAGUUUCACAGCAUCUCGGCGCGUGUGCGCCGCACUGCGUCGGGCUACACGGUGGUGCUCGGCGUGGAAGUCGUGAUGCGCCCCCCCUCGAUCGAGCACACCGGGCACCACUGGACGCUCGAUACGCUCUUUUCGCGCGGCAUCGACAAGGCAUGCCCGGUAGCCGACACGAGCGCGGUGCGGCUCGUCGUGCCGCACAAGGCCUCUGUGACGCCUGUCGGCCGCGUUGUGGACGACGACGAGGAUGACGAAUGGCACAAUCCUUAUACGGUGCGCACGGACGAGCACGUCUAUGAUACCACACGCGCGCCUUUCUCGCUCGCCUUCCACGCGGACCGCGCUGGCCCCUUUUUGCGGCGCGCGCCGCUGCAGGCGAGUCGUCAGGUGCUUGGCUACGGCCAGGAAAAGAACCUCGUGCGCCUCACGCUGCACAACGACCUGCCGACCGAGACGGUGUACGUACAAUACUACGACCAGCUGCCGUGGGUCGUCGCGCCGCUGAUGCACACGCUGCACACGUCGCUUGUGCAGAAUGCGCAGGACGACGACGAGACGGUGCGCUAUCGGGACGACUUUGACACGCCGUUUGUCGCGCACGCGCACUACCAGCCGUCGCAGCUGCGCAACAAGACCGGCGCAGUGGAGCUGACACUGCGCGUGCCCGCCGCAAGCACGCUCACGGUCACCUAUGUGAUCGCCAAGCGCGUGCUGCACUAUGACGAACACGUGCCCGAUCCUCACCGCGGCAUAGAUCUGCCGCCUGCGCUCUUUGUGCCGGUGGUGCACGGGCGGCCGUGGGCCUAUGUGCACCGCCAAGCGCCGGUGCACGCGGUGCAGAGCGAGCGCAUUUACGCGGCGCCGAGCCUGCUGGACAUUGCGGUGCCCGACUUUUCGAUGCCGUACAACAUCAUCCUGUUCUACUCGACGUUUGUCGCGCUGUUCUUUGGCAGCAUGCUCAAUCUCAUGGUGCGACAAUUUUAUGAUGUGGUCAUAGAAUAA